CCGGGCGCCGCCUCGGGCCCUUGACCUCUUGGGAACUGGCCCAGUCCCCACAGCAGCCCCCACUGUUAGGGUCCCGUCCCUUAGGUGGGGAACAGAGGCGCAGGAAGGCUAGGUCAUUUGAUUUGAACCCGGGUCACCUGACUCGGAGACCCUGCCCUUCGCCAGCAGGGAACAAGGGGGCGCCCCGGGGAAAAGGGCCGAGGGGACUUCAGCCCUUGGGUGGGGGCGAUGGUUAUAGGGCAUGGCUGUAAGGUGGGGACAGGCCUGCCUCUUGAAGUUGGAGGUGACGGGCCACCGGACUCCUCAGUGCUGCUGCUUAGUCUUUUCCUGCUCAUUCUUUGGGGCUUUGUCUCCACUACCAAGCAAGCGCCCUGGCUGCCAGGUUCAAGUCCAGGCUGUCUGACCUUGGGUCAAAGAAACAUGGCAGCAAGGCGAAUUGCUCAGGAGACUUUUGAUUCUGUAUUACAAGAAAAAGCUAAGCGAUAUCACAUAGACCCCAGUGGUGAGGCUGUAGGUGAAACUCUUCAGUUUAAAGCUCAAGAUCUCUUAAAGGUGGUCCCAAGAUCCAGAGCAGAUAUGUAUGAUGACGUUCAUGGCGACAGCAGAUACUCGCUCAGCGGAUCUGUAGCUCACUCUCGAGACACGGGGAGAGAAAGCUUGAGAGGUGAUGUGUUUCCAGGGCCUUCCUUCAGAUCGAGCAACCCUUCCAUCAGCGAUGACAACUACUUUCACAAAGAAUGUAGCCGGGAUCUAGAAUUUUCCCACCCUGACUCCCGGGAGCAGGUUAUUGGCCACCGAAAAUUGGGACAUUUCCGUUCUCAGGACUGGAAGUUUGCGCUCCGUGGCUCUUGGGAGCAAGACUUUGGCCAGUCAGUUUCUCAAGAGUCCUCUUGGUCACAGGAAUAUAGCUUUGGUCCCUCUGCAGUACUGGGGGACUUUGGCUCCUCCAGGCUGAUUGAGAAAGAGUGUUUGGAGAAGGAGAGUCGGGACUAUGACAUGGACCAUCCAGGGGAGGGUGACUCUGUGCUCAGGGGCAGUGGUCAGGUCCCGGCCAGAGGCCGCGCUCUGAACAUCGUUGAUCAGGAAGGUGCUCUCCUGGGAAAGGGGGAGACUCAGGGCCUGCUCACAGCUAAGGGUGGCGUCGGGAAACUUGUCACGCUGAGAAGUGUGAGCACAAAAAAAGUCCCUGCUAUAAAUCGUAUCACUCCCAAAACUCAGGGCACUAACCAAAUCCAGAAAACCACCCCAAGUCCUGAUGUGACCCUGGGGACAAAUCCAGGGACAGAAGACAUCCAAUUUCCCAUUCAGAGGAUCCCUUUGGGGCUGGAUCUGAAGAAUCUUCGGCUCCCCAGAAGAAAGAUGAGCUUUGACCUCAUAGAUAAGUCUGAUGUUUUUUCAAGAUUUGGUAUAGAAAUAAUCAAAUGGGCAGGAUUUCAUACCAUAAAAGAUGAUGUUAAAUUUUCCCAGCUUUUCCAGACUCUCUUUGAACUUGAAACUGAAACUUGUGCUAAAAUGCUUGCCUCAUUCAAAUGCUCCUUAAAACCAGAGCACAGAGAUUUUUGCUUUUUUACUAUCAAAUUUUUAAAGCACUCUGCUUUGAAAACACCCAGAGUUGAUAAUGAAUUUUUAAACAUGCUUCUAGACAAAGGUGCUGUGAAGACCAAAAAUUGCUUUUUUGAAAUCAUAAAGCCCUUUGAUAAGUAUAUAAUGAGACUUCAAGACCGUCUUCUGAAGAGUGUCACUCCUCUGCUCAUGGCCUGCAAUGCCUAUGAGCUGAGUGUCAAGAUGAAGACCCUCAGUAACCCCUUGGACUUGGCUGUUGCCCUGGAGACCACCAAUUCUCUCUGUCGGAAGUCUUUGGCCCUUUUGGGACAGACAUUCUCCUUGGCCUCUUCAUUCAGGCAAGAGAAAAUCUUGGAAGCCGUUGGCCUCCAAGAUAUAGCUCCCUCUCCUGCCGCUUUUCCAAACUUUGAGGACUCUACUUUGUUUGGUAGAGAGUACAUAGAUCACCUGAAGGCCUGGCUGGUCAGCAGCGGGUAUCCCCUCCAGGUCAAGAAAGCUGAACCAGGGCCCACGCGAGAGGAAGCGAAAACAAUUCCUCCUAUGAAACUAGAAAUUCAGGCCAAGACUCUGAGUGGUCUGAGUGAAGUCCCCCAGCGAGCGGAUCACAAGGUGGUGGACACCAUUGAUCAGCUUGUUACACGUGUCGUCAAAGGCAGCCUGUCUCCCAAAGAGAGAGCUGUUCUCAAGGAGGACCCUGCUUACUGGUUUUUGUCUGAUGAAAAUAGUCUGGAGUAUAAAUAUUACAAGCUGAAGUUGGCAGAAACGCAGCGCAUAAGCCAGAACUUGCCAGGAGCCGAUCGAAAGCCAACCUCAGCAGAGUGUGCCGUGCGGGCCAUGCUGUACGCCCGGGCAGUCCGCAGCCUCAAGAAGAGGCUGCUUCCGUGGCAGCGCCGGGGUCUCCUCCGUGCGCAAGGUCUCCGGGGGUGGAAGGCAAGGAGAACGAGCAUUGGGACCCAGACCCCCUUGUCCUUGGGCACAAGGCUGAAGCACCACAGCCGGCAGGCUCCAGGCCCCUUGCAGGCAAAGCCGUCACUGCCAGACAGAAACGAAGCUGUGAAGGAUUGCCCACCAGACCCUGCCGCCGGACCCUCUCCUUGUGACCCCACCCCAGAAGCCUCAGGCCCAUCCCCCAAGCCAGCAGGAGUGGACAUCUCUGAAGCCCCUCGAACCUCCUCUCCCUGCCCAUCUGCUGACGUUGACAUGAAAACAAUGGAGACUGCGGAGAAACUGGCCAGAUUUGUUGCUCAGGUGGGACCAGAGAUAGAACAAUUCAGCAUAGAAAACAGCAUCGAUAACCCCGAACUGUGGUACGUACCCCCGGGUCUCAUCACACCCUUUCAAUUUGAGUGUGUUCACCCCACAGGCGCGUCCUGAGAGACUGCAGGGUGG